CCUUUCAACAUUCUAUAUAUCUAUUCCGUUCUUCAAAUUCUAAGCUUCUGACCAAACUUUCUAUAUAAUAAGCAAACCAAGAUUUAGGUGGCAAUAUGUUAUACAUCUCUUCUUCAUAUCCUAGGCAUUAUGUCUAACACCAAAUCUCAUGCCGGCACUCCCAUUUUGGACCUUUCUCAGCCAUUGCAGCCAUGUUCUCUAUCCUCUCUCUAUAAUGCAAGCAAAGAUUGGGGUCUUUUCCACAUAAUCAACUAUGGAAUCUCCAAAGAUCUUUGCAGCCAGAUCCAGACACUAUCCAAACACCUCUUCACCCUCCCUUCUAAAACUAAACUUAGACUUGGUCCUUUGUCAUCUUUAAAUUCUUACACCCCUCUUUUCAUUGCCUCUCCAUUCUUUGAGAGCCUCCGAGUCAAUGGACCCAACUUUUAUGUUUCUGCUGAUAAUUUUGCUGAGAUCCUCUUUGACAAAAAGGACUCCAAAUUCAGGUUCCACCUCAAAUCGAUCAUCUUGACUGAGACAAUAUCACGCUACUCGAACCUCUUGUUAUCUCAUGAAAUUUUCCUUCUUCCCUAGCUAAUAUCACCAAACAUGCAUACUCAAUUUUAUAAUGAAAUUUAGAGCAAUCAAUUCACUAUAAUUAAUGUUAACCCAGAUAUAGUGAUCAUUCU